AUGGGUGUCAUCAACAUUAACAACAUAUCUGGCCACGACCAGAAAUUUUACAUCCACGGAUGGGGCCAGAACGACACCACCGUAGGUGCUGGUCAGAUGUUCACCUUCGAUGCGCCUGACGGCACUUCUGGUGCCAUCAUUGCCGUCCAUGAGGGGCGUGAGGGAGAGCAAGUCGAGAUUACCAAGGGCGGAUGGCAAGGUAACGACACCUUCGACACCAGUGUCCUAGCCGGCUCUGGUGGAAACAUCACAGUCCAGCACUGGGGCAACGAUAGCACCCGAAAGGGAGCACCAACCUAUAUGCAAGAUGCCCAGGUCGCCUGGGCCAACGCCAGCCAGGAGACUAGAAAUGCUAUCCAGAGCUUUAUCAUCCUCAACGGCGAGGGCAAGGUUGUCUACAUCGGGCCCACUAAGGAGAACCGAGCCCUGGAGAGCUGGGUUCGCACCUUUGCCAACGGCAAGACCUACAUCGGUAUCGGUGCUUGGGGUGACUUCCCGGGAGAUGAAAACGAUAACAACCUGAGCUCUGCCGCUCCCGGAAGCCACGACAUCAUCAUAACCUACAAUGAUGGCAACGCCAACCCUACCAAGGGGGCCUCAGGUGGGUCCAACGCGCCCGAGGCGGCCGCGGUCUUCGCCUUCACGACGCAGGAGGCCGGCGCGCCGGAGGGACCGGGGAUCGUCCUGACUAACAAGUCCGGGGCGCAGGCUAACUACAACUUCUACAACAACACGGCCAACGGCGACGGGUGGGCGAACCCGGAGUUCAACAUCACGACCGCGAGCGUGACGCUGGGCCCCGGGCAGACGCAGUUCGUGGCCCUCGACAGCUCCUUCAAGGGCCGCGUGCAGCGCGGCACGCAGCAGCCGGCGACGUGGGUCGAGUUCCAGCUCAGGGCCGACGACGGCUGCGCGUGGGGGAAUAUAUCGCUCAUCAUGGGCUGCGACGGGGCGGCGAUGAUCUCGGCGACGGAUGGAAAGGGCGUCAGUGCGGGCUUUACGCAGGACAUUGUCAGCGGCGCGCCCGACGCCGCCAAGGUGACGCGGGGCGACGGGGUCGUCGUUCUUGAUACUACACAGGGUUAUUGGGCCGGUGGGCCGAACAAGGCCGCCAGUGAUUACGAGUUGGCUGUCGUUGGCCAGCAGAACGCCUAUGUGCUUGGUGGCUCGGGGACGACCGUCGUUCGCUCGGAGAACAACCGCCUUGCUGUGGACAUUUAUUGA